AUGCCAGCACUCUCCAUCAACACCUCGCCCAAGGCCACACGUCCUGAUGGACAUUCCCCCCACUCAACUGCAAAGUCGCGCUCCACCUCGCCCGCGCGACCACCAGUUUCCCCCAUCACCCCAACGCGCAGACCAGUACAGCCGGCCCUGAGGCAAACAUUCGUCCACUCGCAGCCCCCCCAAGUCGCCGUACCCUUACCCGCGCCCGAGCCCAUCAAGUUCGACGAGAACCCCGACGUUCUCGCGACGAAAGCCGCGCUGUCAAUACUAUUGAUGCAGAGGCGCAUCGCCGAGGAAGAUAUCAAGUCCCUGCAACGCACGAAGGAGCGGGGGAUGGCGGACCCGGAGGAAUUCCUGCGCGCUCUGCAAGCUGGGGAGAUCAAGCAGAAGGGGGACGCGUUCAUGGGCGUGGCGCCUGACGACGAUGACGAGGAUGAAGAUAUGGAGCCCCUAGAGCAGGAUACCAAGGAUAGCAAAGCGUGGGAGAAGCUGCCGAAGCAGCAAAACGUCGUGCGUCUACCGCAUAUCAACUGGGAUCAGUAUGCGGUGGUGGGGGACUCUUUGGAGAAGCUCCAUGCGGAUCAGCUGCAAAAUCCGCCGGAGGGAUCGCCGCAGCUGCUGGGGCCGGAUGGGCUGCUGAGUGCUUCGGCGUUUGGAUCUGUGCCGGUUACGCCUGCUAGGGAGAAAAUGGAGAAGAUGGGGACGAGGAAGGGAGGGAAGAGAUAA